GCGGGAUCUAGCGAAGACUCAGGGCCAAUCAGCGGCGACGUCGCUUGUGCGACUCCACGUCGGCAGCAGCUGCGGGCAAGAUGGAGGCGCUGAUUUUGGAGCCCUCCCUGUACACUGUCAAAGCCAUCCUGAUUCUGGACAAUGACGGAGACCGACUCUUCGCCAAGUACUAUGACGACACCUACCCCAGUGUCAAGGAGCAAAAGGCCUUUGAGAAGAACAUUUUCAACAAGACCCAUCGGACGGAUAGUGAAAUCGCCCUGUUGGAAGGGCUGACGGUGGUCUAUAAAAGCAGCAUUGAUCUCUAUUUCUAUGUGAUCGGCAGCUCCUAUGAAAACGAGCUGAUGCUCAUGGCUGUUCUGAACUGCCUCUUCGACUCCCUGAGCCAGAUGCUGAGAAAAAACGUAGAAAAGCGAGCUUUGCUGGAGAACAUGGAGGGGCUCUUCUUGGCUGUGGAUGAAAUUGUAGAUGGAGGGGUGAUCCUAGAGAGCGACCCCCAGCAAGUGGUGCACCGGGUAGCUUUGAGGGGUGAAGACGUCCCCCUUACAGAGCAGACCGUGUCUCAGGUGCUGCAGUCAGCCAAAGAGCAGAUCAAAUGGUCCCUCCUUCGGUGAAGGUGUUCUGAGCCCAGUUCCUUGCCCCUCAAAGCCCACAUCUGCUGUGACUUCUUAUCCAGGCCCCCCAACUUACGUCCUUUGGGUCAUCUUGGAGAAUUGCAAUGGAUUCUUGUGUCUCAUACUUUCUGGGGUUCUUUCCCCUCCCUCUCAUGAGAGUAAAGUCCCCAGCAUAUUUGAGUGAGUCAGAGAAAACACCCUCUUCCUACUUACACUGGUCUCGUCCCCCCAGUCCCCCCCUCAAAUCCCCCAUUCUCUCCUUGGUUUCUUGGCCCUUUACUGUGGCUGUACUUUAGAUCAACAAAGUAAGAGAAAGAAUGUGCUGAGUGUUUUCUUCCCUGUGCCCUAAGGGCCCCCAUCCCAGCAGCCCAUGUAUCCAGCAAAGGGAGGACUCCUAUCUUCAGCACAAGUGGGUUUGGAGUGGCAGAGGCCAUACGUUCUUUGCCGCAGCUUCUCUCCUUCCUGCUGCCCUAUCCUCUGCCUUAGAAGAAAUGGGAACAGCCUAUAGGGAGGGGACAGAGCUGCAGAGGAACAGUGAUUUAAAGGCUCUUGGAGUUUAUGAAGUGCAUCCUCUACCCUGAUCUGGCCUUCAGCCUCCAAGCUGCUAUACUUGCACGUGGUCCUGAGAACAUCUCUCUAGGUCUGUACCACACCUCUCUGCCUGUAUCACCUGUGAGAUCUUUGCCUGGUGUGGCCUCUCACCCUGGAGCAAAACCAGACCUUGGAACUAAAACUACUUUAGUCCCUAGAAAAGUUUCUGCUCAGAACUGAGGAAGGAAAGGGCCUAAUGGUGUCUGCCUUGCUGUGUUCCUUCUACUCAGCGUCACACUCACAUUCCUCUGCCUUGGUUCUACAAUCUGCUGUUGAGUUCCCCCUCUCUGCAUCAGUCUUCCCUAGAAGCAGAGGGUCUGGUGCAGUGCCUUUCCUCUGAGGCUUGGAUUCCUGUUCUUGGGUGUAAUGUUGCCCCUUGACCCCACAUCCCUGUGAAAAUGACUUGGGGGAAAAAAAAAAAACGUUUCUGAGCAAGCAUUCUGGUUCAUGCAUUGGCUGAAGUGGGCAGACUGAAGGCGGCCUCUGCAAGAAAUGGAGUCAGGCGAAGUCCACCUUGUACACUGCUGUGCAGCAGAGGAAUAAAGUGAAUCUCUUCCAAACUG